AUGGCCUCCAGCGUGCGACCCGGCGGUUUCGCUCCCCCUGUCCUCGGCGCCAGGCUCCUUCCCGCCGCGCCUCACGGGCGGUUGGUCGGCGGCCGCGGCCCGCAGAGCCCGUCGGCAGUCCCAUCGACAUCACAGGCGGAAUUGGUUUCCAGGGCCUCCCAGAGUGUGGCCAUCGUUGGGGGAGGGAUAGCAGGGCUGGCCAGUGCGCUGGCUCUGAAGAAGAUCGGCAUUCCUGUGGUGGUCCUCGAAAAGAGUGAAGAGAUGCGAACUGAAGGCAGUGCCCUUGGCCUGUUUGGAAAUGCCUGGCGGGCAUUGGAUGCACUUGGUGUUGGAAACCAGCUUAGGCGUGACCACAUGCUGUUGAAUGGGGUCCAAUUGAAAUCUUCUGAUGGAUCUGAACUCACCAGCUUCUCAUUCGAUGACUGCGGCCAAGGGAGGCGUGAAUUUCGGGGUGUCUACCGCACAGCGCUUGUCCAGGCACUGGAAGGCGCCCUUGAUGGGGGCACAGUGGUCUAUGGCAUCGAUGUGACUGGGGUGCAGAUGUCCAAGCGAGGCUUGCCUCAGUUAAUUCAACAGUGUGGGAAGCCCAUUCCCUGCCGCAUGGUUGUUGGUGCUGAUGGUGCACGAAGCUGCAUUGCACAAGCACUGGGCUUGAAGGCACCCAAUUUUGCAGGAUACAUCGCACUAAGGGGAGUCUGCCGUCUCGAUGUGGAAUCCUUGCCCGUGAGAAGUGGUUCAAUUGUUCAAGCUCUAGGAAAGGGAGUCCGAGCUGGAUUGUAUCCAUUGACAGCCCAUGAUGUCUACUGGUUUGUCUGCUACAAUGCUUUGGAGGGAGAACCACGAUUAUCUCCAGAAGAAAGAAAAAAGAUGGCCAUGUCUCUGGUGCGAGGAUGGAGUGGUGGAUGGAAGGAACUUGUAGAAGCCACUGAUCCAGUUGAUAUUUCGCAAAACCAAGUGGGUGAUAGGUGGCAGUUUCCAGGCAUGCCUGUGGGUAGGGGCCUCGUGACACUGGCAGGGGAUGCCCUGCAUCCAAUGACUCCGAAUAUGGGACAAGGAGGGUGCGUGGCUCUGGAGGACGCAGUGCAGCUGGGGAGAGUGCUUCAAAAUGCAGGCAAGUUUGCAAUUGGAACGUCUGAACUGGAGUCUCAGCUUCGAGAAUAUGAAAAGGAGCGGCUGAAUCGUGUAAUGCCUCUCACUGUGGAGUCCAACAUUCGGGGAUUCCUGCUCCAGCUUGAUUCAGAACUGGUCUGUAGAACGAGGAAUUUCAUCGUUUCCAACUUCUUUUCUCCAAAGGGUUUUCUGAAACACACAGCCUAUGAUUGUGGCGACUUGUAG